UUCAGCGCAAAAUUUCAAUUGGUUGCUUUUAUGCAUGUUUCAUCAAUAAUAUGCGAUAUGCAACGAGUUGCGGUAUCUACUUGAAGAAUUGAUGAGUGGUUAAGAUUUAUCGCUAUACUGGCAUUAUUUAAGCUCAUGGUGAUUAAGAAAGAAAUAUAGUGCUACUCACUGGCGAAGAGUUUGCUAUCCUAUCGAUGACCAAUAUCACCUACGAUGUCUGAACCCACGAGAGCUCGACUUGCGUCUAAUGUAAUCUCAUGUCUCACCAGUAGCAGCAAAUUCUAAUGACAUAAGUAUGCUAACUUAUGAACACACUGUAUACACACGUGUACACGCUCACAUGAUAGGCUGGUUAUACGGGUUUAUACAUGCUUAGAAAGCAGGUGUUUAUAGCAAAUAUAAAUUUAUAAUUGAACAUUUUUAGUAGCAGAUAAAGGUUAUGUUUAAUACUAAUUAUAGCAAUCAACUGUCGAACGGACCCAUGCUCUCUUAAUUUUAUUAAAUAUUUGAUUGGAGAUUUACCCCAUAUUACAUUUCACUUAGAUGCGACGGUGGCCCUCCUUAGGUCGGGAGGAUAGCAGGCGGAACCAGAGGGAAGUAUUAAUAUAUCACACCCACACACCCACACAGUUUUGUGGCAUAUACCAUGCUCCAAAUGGCGUUUGUUCAAAUCCUACCGCAGUCAAACAUGAAGCUGAUGGGAUGAGAGUGCAAUAUACCAAGGGAGAUAAUCUUGUACCUGCUUUCUUUCAAUAACCGUGACAAGGGUGUUCCAUGUUUUAACAAUACAUUUGGAAAUUUUCAUUUAAUGACGAGAUCCCAAUAUUACUGAUUUUAGCGCAUCAAACUUUACUAUGAAGUUCUUUAGGCUCGUUAAGGUUGACAUUAUUGAUAACCUUGUUUUGUGUUUUGGAAUGGGGGAGAGGUGAACAGAGGGGGUUGCAUGGUUCAGCCGGAACAGCCAUAAGAGCCGUGACGUCAAAGGCUAAGGGUUACAGUGCGAGAAGAAAGAUGGCGGACCUCGGCCCGAGCUGGAACUUAAGACAAUUUUUGAGUUCCUUUGCUGCCUUGUUGUUCAUUCCUGGCCCAGCACUGAGUUUAAUCUGCUACUGCAACCCAUGUCAUGAGACACAUGUCAAUAGCACAUGUGUGGCCAAACCACUUAGCAAAUGUUUUACUGCUAUAGAAGUUACCGAGGAGAACGGCCAGAAAGUGGAUAUCUGGACAUUUGGCUGUUUACCACCUGAUGAAAGUACAUUGUUACAGUGUAAAGGGGACAGAGUACCCCAUGAAAAACCUCAAACCAUAGAAUGUUGUGAUGAUGCGGAUCAGUGUAAUCUGGACCUUCAGCCUACCUUUCUUGAACGAGCCACUACACUUUCACCAGGCUAUGUCCCACGUACUUAUGAUGGUUAUGAUGAAAGCAUUACGCAGAUUGCCCUGCUCGUCUCUGUCACACUAUGCCUCGUCAUUCUAAUUUCAACCCUCAUCUUUGUUUACCUUCGGUACAAGAGGAGGGAAAUGCGCAGGCAGCAGUAUCUGGAAGAAGCUGAGCAUUGUGAUACAUUCAUCGCAGCAGAUGAGACGCUUAAGCACUUGAUUGAUGCAUCACAGUCCUCAGGCAGUGGAUCAGGCCUGCCCCUGCUGGUUCAGCGCACAAUAGCAAAGCAGAUUCGUCUGGUGAAGAGUAUCGGGAAGGGUCGUUAUGGAGAGGUGUGGAAGGGGAAAUGGCGAGGAGAGAAUGUUGCAGUGAAGGUCUUCUUUACAACAGAAGAGGCCAGUUGGUUUCGGGAAACCGAGAUAUACCAGACUGUACUACUGCGACAUGACAACAUUCUAGGGUUCAUUGCAGCUGAUAUUAAAGGGACAGGUUCCUGGACCCAACUCUUCUUAAUAACUGAUUACCAUGAGAAUGGCUCACUCUAUGACUAUCUCCAGUGUCAUACAAUCAACGCCUCAGAGAUGAUGGAACUCUCUCACUCAGCUAUAUGUGGACUGUCCCAUCUACAUACUGAAAUCUUUGGGACAAGAGGUAAACCUGCUAUUGCACAUCGAGAUAUAAAAAGUAAAAACAUACUGGUGAAGAAGAAUGGAAGCUGUUGUAUUGCAGAUUUGGGCUUAGCUGUGAAGUAUGUAAGUGAAUCCAAUGAAGUAGACAUUGCUCCGAACACUAGGCAGGGAACAAAGCGGUACAUGUCACCUGAGAUCCUGGAGGAGACCAUCAACCCCACCCACUUUGAUGCUUACAAGCAGGGAGACAUGUACUCAUUUGGACUUGUCAUGUGGGAGAUUGCCAGGCGAUGUGUCACUUCAGGGAUUGUUGAAGAGCCGGAGGUUCCAUACUAUGACUGUUUGGCCAUGGAUCCUAGUUUUGAUGAGGUGAAAAAGGUCGUCAGUCAUGAUCGAAGACGGCCAGCAAUACCCAACAGGUGGAGUGGCGAUGAAACUCUAAAGGUCAUGUCCAAAGUGAUGACAGAGUGCUGGACGCAUCACCCAGCAGCCAGGCUUACAUCUUUACGGGUCAAGAAAACACUAGGUAAAAUGCAAGAGACAUUGGAGAAUAACUUGAAAAUAUGAAGAUAGGACUUAAAAUGACAGAAGGGUAGUGCUAUGAAAGAGUGGCCUGUCAGCGGCCAGUGACCCUCUGUUUCUGGGUAAGUGUGCUCAGGUGUGGAGGAAAUCAGACUAUUAACAGGCUGAUCACACAGAGUUGAGCAACUCAACAGUCCACCCAGGUUAGCACCUCAGACAAGGGAUGCUAAUGCCAAUAUAGCCUUUAUUGUCCAGCACUGAAGCAAGGCCAUCUUAUGGGACUUCAAGUAGUGCUAAACUGUUGUGGCAGGGCUGCAAGGGGCAUAUCUUUCAGACAAAUCCAAGAGAAGAAGUGCUGAGGAGAAUGACAAACGUUCAAUCAAGUUGAACCUGUCAGUCAUUCAAAGUUUAUUAUCCUGAUGUCAGUGGACUGUUUACCACUUGUUUUCGUGUAGAGCUAUGAAAGAAAACCAGCCUUCUAUGUCCAUCUGGCCAGGUACAUGUGCUGCAAGAGAACAAACUCAUAUCUGCAACAAAUCUGAGACUCUCUCACCCGAAACAGCCAUCGGCACAGUGGUUUUAUCAUGAAAUGACAGUAUGUUAAAAUGAUGUAUUUUACUUGUGAUAUAAUCAACAUUUACGAAGCCAACUUCUCUUCUUAUGUCCUAAUUAGUGCUGGGUAUUUUUCAGUAGUGUUGCACUACAUGUACUUCUUAAACUUGUGUGUUGUGCUGUCAGAUUAAAGAGGGUCGGGAGUGUAUCUUACAUAGAGGUGACUUAGUGCAAGUCACCCCAUUACAUGUACUGAUAAAGCUGUGCCGUUGUCGUGGAGAAUUGCUAUGAGCUUACAGUGUUGUCCUGUUUUAUACACGAUGCCAUGAUUGUUUGUUAAAUACCUGGUCACAUGGAUGUGAUUAAAAGGAUGUAUAUGUGAUGCUCCAAGUGAUGCAGUUGUUGGAGAAACAGUGUGAAGAUUGUAGAGUGUGUGGUUGUUUGCAAGGGAUUCUAGUGAUUGUUAAUUAAUCAAAAUUGGUGCAAUUGCGUGGAAUGAUGCAUAUGUUUCAUAGCUAUGAUAAGUGUGAUAGAUAAGCGUUAUUGUUAAUGUUACAUGUGAUUUUUAGGUAAACCAUUUUAUUGUUAGAUGAAUUGAUCAGUGAUAUAUUUGAAGUAAGGCAUGCCACAAUCAAGAACUAAUUAGGUAUCAUAUCCCACCCUCCCUUGUAUAUCCUGACACUGUGUUAUUACCCAUAUCUUGUUUUAGUUCUUAAUUCUUUUAACAAGAUACAAGUAUUUAGAGAAUGUACUGUUGCAGUACAUAGUGUUUUUCAAGUAAUGUUCCAAGUUUUUCAAAUAAUGUUCCAAAAUUGUUUUACAUUAUCAUGUAAAUCACAAGAUUUUACUUUCACUGAUCUGGUGAUCUCUACCCUUGCCCUCAGAUGUUUUACAUUGUUUAUCAAAAACUGCCAGCUAUUGUUUUUACGUCUUUAAAGUCUGUAACAUUUCUUUUAUUAACAUUUUAAGUUGUCGCUGUCAAUAAUUCUUAAUGUUUUGUAUAGUUUUUAUACAAGCUAAAUUUGUUGCAUCUGUCAGGGCCAUUUUAUUGCAGCAUUUCAAGUGGUGAAAAUCUUGUGCAAGGGGAGGUAACUGCUGUUUACCAACACUUCAUUCACCUGACUUAGGUACACAUAUACUCUUGUGACCUAAUGCUCAGUUUAUUUAUUCCACUUCAAUAAUUAUCCCACAGAUGGUGUCGCUCAAGUGUGUGUUAUUCAUAUGCUCUUGUAACUCACUCACCAAGUUUUCUUCACAGUCAUCGAAUUUUCAUUGUACAGUUUGUUAUUUAUGGAAGGUUUCUGUAUAUAUUUAGACUGUAUAGGUUUUAGAAUGUACAUGUACUCAUCUCUGCGAUUUGACCUACUGACUUUUUGUACAGGCUAGUUCAUUUAGUAACAUAUUCAUCAUUUAAAGUUUCACAAUAUGCUUGACCUGAGUUGCUCGUUUUCUACGCAAUUCUCGUUUGUUAUCUAUUUUUCUUUUGCUACUCAGAGGUUUUUUUAUUGUUGCAUACCCAAUGAUUUUGUAGACAAUAUUUUGCAAUAAAAUGUGCAUACUGUAUAGUU